UUUGGAAUUCAUCAGAAAGUCAGCUUCCCUUGUUGUAAAGUUUUCAACGGAGAUUGGAGAAGAACAAAAUUGUGUGUAAUCCAAUCCAAUCUCAUAAGAUCUAGCUGCAUUCGUUUGUUUAUUUGAUUUCUACAGUCAGAUUCUCACCGAUUCCGCGUAAUCAUAUCUCUAUUGUGAUAGAAAUUCAUCCAAUUCUUCGCUGAUAUGCAGAGCCAGAUAGUUUGCACCGGGUGUAGAACGGUGCUUCUUUACCCCAGAGGAGCUACUAAUGUUUGUUGUGCAAUAUGUAAUGUGAUCACUGCUGUGCCUCCUGCUGGGAUGGAAAUGGCUCAACUGAUAUGUGGAGGAUGCCGUACGUUACUUAUGCAUGCUCGAGGGGCUGCCAGUGUUAGAUGCUCUUGCUGCCACACGGUGAACCUCGUACCUGCGCCAGCAGCACCACAGGCACCUCCACCAGCUGCUAAUAAUAUUGCUCAUGUCAACUGUGGAAACUGCCAUACCAUGCUCAUGUAUCCAGCUGGAGCUCCAUCAGUUAAAUGUGCAGUUUGCCAUUUCAUAACAAAUGUUAAUAAUGGCGACACAAGGGUCCCUGUUCCUGUUCAUAGAAAUGGAGGGAUCGCAACAUCUGCAUCACCACCACCUACUUACUUGGCACCAUCCCAGUCUCAUAAUCAAACAGUGGUGGUGCAUAAUCCCAUGACUGUUGAUGAAAGCGGCAAGCUGGUGAACAAUGUGGUUGUUGGUGUGACAACUUAGGAAUGCAACGGAAAUGGGCAGAUUCACAACCUGUCCUGUUCUUCUGUUGUGAAUGGCUAUUUCUGAUCCUUGUCUGCUUCAAGGAUAGAGAUAUGAUGUGCAUAUUUUCUGGCUGUAGUGACAUAUGCAUUAUCUAGCAUUGUUUGUAUAGGACUAAGAGGAGCUUGGCUUUUUAUUUUUUUUCAUUUUUUGUCAUUUUGUAAAAGUUUUGUUUGUCAUUUUGUUUCUCUUGUUGCUGUUAUGCUACCCAAGAUAUGUAAUCUACCGUAACUUAAUGUCAUGAAAUAUAGUUGAAAAGACAAAGUUAGUUUAUGUGUAA